UUUUCAUCACCAACCGCUAUAUACAUCGUGACAACCAUAACUUAAACGCUCACACUGUCACACAUACUGAAAAGAAAGAAAAAGAAAAAGAGAGCUCUUUCUCUCUUGAACAUCAGCUGCAAAAGAAUGGUUUCAGCUUCUUCUCCUCCUCCAAAGGACCUAGUUCCUUCAGACAACAAAUGGACGGAGGAGCAAAACGCCUCUCGCCGAGCCAAAUGGUGGUACUCCACCUUUCAUACCGUCACGGCUAUGAUAGGGGCCGGGGUCCUCAGCCUGCCUCUAGCCAUGGCGUACUUAGGAUGGGGUCCAGGGAUCAUGGUACUGGUGUUAUGUUGGUGCCUGACCUUGAACACGAUGUGGCAGAUGAUACAACUCCACGAAUGUGUUCCGGGGACUCGCUUUGACCGAUACGUAGAUUUGGGCCGACAUGCAUUUGGUCCGAAACUUGGGCCGUGGAUCGUGCUCCCACAGCAGCUGAUUGUUCAGGUUGGGUGUGACAUAGUGUAUAUGGUCACCGGGGGAAAGUGUCUGAAACAAUUCGUGGAGAUGGCCUGUACAAACUGCACGAGGGUCCGUCAGUCUUACUGGAUUUUGAUUUUUGGUGGUAUCCAUUUCUUCCUUUCCCAGCUUCCCAAUUUCAAUUCCGUCGCUGGUGUUUCCUUAGCAGCAGCUGUCAUGUCACUAAGCUAUUCAACGAUAGCAUGGGCAGGGUGCUUAGGCAAAGGACAAAUCGACAACGUGAGCUAUGCAUACAAAAACACGGGCCCAGCUGACAACAUGUUCCGAAUUUUCAAUGCUUUGGGCCAAAUCUCGUUCGCUUUCGCAGGGCAUGCUGUGGCCCUGGAGAUUCAGGCCACUAUUCCGUCCACCCCAGAAAAACCGUCUAAGGUUCCGAUGUGGAAAGGGGUGGUCGGAGCCUAUUUCAUCAACGCCAUCUGUUACUUCCCGGUGGCACUGAUCGGUUACUGGGCUUUCGGCCAAGACGUUGACGAUAAUGUUCUUAUGAACCUUAGAAAGCCCGCAUGGCUCAUCGCCUCUGCAAACUUGAUGGUUGUUGUUCAUGUCAUCGGCAGCUACCAGGUUUAUGCUAUGCCUGUGUUCGACUUGCUGGAGAAGAUGAUGAUGAGAAAACUGAACUUCCCACCAGGAAUUCUACUUAGAUUGAUUGCUCGAACAGCUUAUGUUGCAUUCACACUAUUCAUUGGAGUCAGUUUCCCUUUCUUCGGAGACCUUCUUGGUUUCUUCGGUGGAUUUGGUUUUGCCCCCACUUCUUUUUUUCUUCCUAGCGUUAUGUGGUUGAUAAUAAAGAAGCCUAAAAGAUUCAGUGGCAAGUGGUUUGUCAACUGGGCUUCAAUAUACAUAGGAGUGUUCAUAAUGGUGGCUUCCACAAUUGGUGGCCUACGGAAUAUCGUGACAGAUGCAUCUACAUAUAGUUUCUACACAUGAAUGAGCUAAAAUAACUAUAUAUUUUUAUAUUUAUAAAUUGAGAAAUUGGAUUCCUCCUCUUAUCCUAUGAAGCUUUACAUUAAAUUAUUUUGAAGUCCAAUGUGCUCUAAUGUAAAAGUUAUCAGGUACUCUACUUACUAGCUAGUUACUACUUAGUUGUAAUAAAACUUCUUUAACCUUUUAUGGUUUUGAUUA